AUGACUUUUUCACUCUUUCUGAGUGUCCUUUGCUUGGGAAUAGCUUCAGCUACUCCACAGCAUGAUCGAAAUUUAGAUGAGCAGUGGUUUAAGUGGAAGUCAACAUACAAGAGACCAUAUGACACGAAUGAAGAAAGUUGGAGGAGAACAAUUUGGGAGAAAAAUGUGAAGAUGAUUGAAUUGCACAAUCAGGAGUUCAGCCAGGGGAAACAUAGCUACUCACUGCUCAUGAAUGCCUUUGGUGACAUGACCAAUGAAGAAUUCAGGCAGGUGAUGACUGGCUUUCAGAACAAGAAACACAAGAAGGAGAAGGUGUUCCAAGAAUUUCCCUCAGAUAAUAUCCCCAAAUCUGUAGACUGGACUCAGAAAGGCUAUGUGACUCCUGUGAAGAAUCAGGGUCAUUGUGGUUCAUGUUGGGCUUUUAGUGCAACUGGUGCCCUUGAAGGACAGAUGUUCCGCAAAACUGGCAAACUUGUUCCACUCAGUGAACAGAACCUAGUGGACUGCUCUCGGCCUGAAGGCAACGAAGGCUGCAAUGGUGGCCUAAUGGAUUAUGCCUUCAUGUAUGUUCAAGACAAUAAAGGCCUUGAUUCUGAGGAAUCCUAUCCCUAUCUUGGAACGGACACAGAAGCCUGCCACUACAAGCCCGAGUUUUCUGCUGCCAACGUCACUGGCUUCGUGGACAUCCUUCAGGAUGAAAAAGAAUUGAUGAAGGCACUGGCAUUUGUGGGUCCCAUCUCUGUUGCUAUUGAUGCUGGUCUUAUGUCCUUCCAAUUCUACUCCUCAGGAAUUUAUUAUGAUAAAUCCUGCAGCAGCAAGCAACUAAACCAUGGUGUUUUGUUGGUUGGCUAUGGCUAUGAAGGAACAGAUUCUGAUAAUAAUAAGUUUUGGCUUGUCAAGAACAGCUGGGGCCCAACUUGGGGUGCAAAGGGGUACAUAAAGAUGGCCAAAGACCGAAACAACCACUGUGGAAUUGCCACUGCAGCCAGCUACCCUGUGGUGCCUUAA